GGCGGAAUCAGUAAUAAACUAGCUUGUGAACUAGACGGUGGUUUCACUUAAAUAUAUCUCAGUGUCGAACGAGGAUUCUAAAGUACCCGCGCUAAGUGAAAUAUAAAAUGGCGUUUUUUGGAAAUUUAACGAAUUUCGAUCACAAAACCGGCGAAUGGCAGAUAUUUCACAGCAAAUUAAAGCAAUUCUUUGUGGUGAAUAAAAUUGUGGAUGAAGAGGACAAGCGAGCACUUUUAUUCACGCACAUGACGGACGAAACCUACCGCUUGUUACGUAACUUGGCUCAUCCAAAGGAAUUGGAGGAGCUCGAGUUCAAGGAGCUAGUGAAAUUACUCGACGGCCACUUUAAGAAGAAACAAUGUACAUACGCUGAUAAGGCCAAGUUUUAUGCUGCGACGAGAGUGCCAAGCGAGAGUUUAGGGGACUGGGCGGCGCGAUUAAGAGGAUUGGCAACUUAUUGCAAUUUUGGCGCAGCCCUGGAAGCGAAUUUAGCAGAUCGUUUCAUCCUAGGCUUGGGCUCGGGGCCCGAGCGUGAUAAAUUAUUUGAAAAAACGGCUACCCUCUCGAUGGCGGAGGCUCUGGAGAUUGCAGAGAAAGCAGCAGUCGCUAGGGAAGCGAAGACAGAGAUGGCGGCAACCGUCAAAGAAGAGCCCGUAUUUUAUGGCGCUAGUGGAAACGGGCACGGCCGAGGCGGCUGGAACAAAGGGCAUCGCGGUGGUAGCAGCGGUGGCGGAACCCGGCCGGCCGGAGGCGACCAGCGGCAGCGAGAUGAUUUGCGAUGUGCCGUUUGUGGGAUGAGAAACCACGAUGAAGAUAGUUGCCGUUACAAGCGUUAUAGAUGCCAGAAAUGUGGAGUUAUAGGACAUUUAAAAAAAGUAUGUAAAAGCAAGAAUUCGCGCGUCAACUGUAUCGCCACUGAACUGGAGGAAAACGUGAACGAAGGAGGACACCGUGAGCAGUGUUGUAGGGAGUGCCAAAACUUUAAUUUGAGGAGCUGAAUGGAAGUGGGGAGAGCGGCAGCGGGACGCCGUGCGCGCGGUGCGCCGCGAGCUGGCCUCGGAGCGCGUGCUGGCACACUUCGAGCCCAGCGCGCAGCUGGUUCUCAGCGCAGACGCUG